AUGUUAGAAAAGAAUGAUUUUUCCAUGUUAAAAUCUGAUAAUGAAAGGUUAUUAAGUGAAAUUGAAAAACUUAAACAAAAGUUGGGGGAUGAAAUCAAACGAACCCAAGCUAGUACGAGGUUAGAUAUCAGUUUGGAUAAAGGUCGAAUAAGAGAUGAGGCGAGUAUUUUAGAAAUGAAAUUAAAAGAAACUGAUACCAAGAUUGAAAGUGAAAUCAGUAAUAUGAGAACUCAAAUGGAAGCUAUUAAGUAA